AUGAUUGCGUGCCGCGGCAAAGACGAGGCCGAGCGCUGGCGGCGAGGUCCUGACCCUGCCACUGACAUUGCGGUGCGUGACGAGCCGUCGGCCGAGGUUGUCCGCUGCAUCCCCGUAGGCGCGGAUGGUGGCGAGGAUGGAUCCCGGUUGCUGGUACCUCGUGGAGGUAUGUAUGCCGAGGAAGACGACCGUCCACUCGGGCCCGCAGUCGGUAUCUUGGAAGUGCUGCCGGCCGCACUGCCGAUCAGGCCCAAGCCAUGCACACCUACCCUGGGUGGUGGUAGCUGUGGUGGUACUGAUGCUUGCCUCGAGCCGGCGGCACUUACGGGUGUCGCCAGCAGCUCCUUGCCCUCGGACCGCGAUGAAGGGAGCGACGGGCGGCGGCCGUUGGACGUCGAGGCGGACGCGGAUGACGGUGGCGGUGAUACAGAUUGCAGUACGACCCUCUCUCCGCGAUACGCUAUUGGGCUUCCGUUGCCAGUACCAGCCGACGCUGAUCUCGAGCGUGGCUUACCGCUGUGUACUCUGGCCGAGCCCAAGGAAGAUGACGACGAGGGCUUUGGGAUGCGACUGGUUGUUGACUUUGGCGACGUCGGUGGGGUUGCAAAAGGCUGGGAUAUGGACGAUGUCGAGCUUCUGCGUGACGAGGUGGCCGUUGUGGUCGAGCCUGUCAAGGCUGGGGCCAUCAUUGUGCGCGAGUGCGCAAUGGAGAAGUGGAGAAACUAG